GCCGCCCCUGCGCGGCGCAACCGGGCGGGCUUCUCGCUUCUUUCUGUUUUUUACAGCAUGCAGUUCAAGGGCUGCAGCGCCCACGUUUUGAGCCCUGAGGAGGAAUUGUGGCGGGCGCGGGAAGGUCCCUGCCGCGGCGUCCGGGCGAGUACUGGAGUCCUCGCUUUCUCCAGGCCUUGGAGCUGAGGCCCGAAACAGAACCUGAGCGGGUGGGCGGGAGGGGAGGCGACGCGGGUCCCAGGCAUGGCAUCCCGGGACUCGGCGCCCGCUCGGGAUGAGAGCUCGGAACUGGCGCCCUGGGCUCAGCUGGAGGCCCCCGCCCGCCUCCUGCUGCAGGCGCUGCAGGCGGGGCCGGACGGGGCGCGGCGCGGCCUGGGGGUUCUGCGGGUGCUGGGCAGCCGCGACGGAGAGCCCUUCGCCUGGGGCCGCGUCCUGGAGGCGCUGUGCCGGGAGGAGGCGGUCACGGAGGGCCCGGACUGUCGGCUGCAGUUGUAAGUGGUCCGGUUGGCCGCUGGCGGAGCGCACUACGCCGCAUUUCACCCUCCGCUGUCGGAAACCGCUGCUGCUGCGAUUGCCCGUGUUAUGCCAGCGGAACCUGAUGUCCCUGUUGAUGGCUGUUAGGCCAUCGCUCCCUGAAAACAGACUGCUCCCUCUGCUGCAGGUCCUACGGCAGGACCCAAGCCCUGACCCUGAUGCCUGGCUCCAGGCCCUGGGGAAAUUGCUGCAAAGGGACCUGGGUGUUGGGGUCUCCAUUGAGGGAGCGUCCCCACUGUCUAAAAGUUGCCAGACGCAGCUCCGAGACCUGUGUAGGCAUCUGGGCCCUGGGGGCAGGAGGUUGAAGUUGGCCCAGUCUCCAGACGCUGAAGAGGAAAAAGAAGAGGACAAGGACUCCCAGCAGCCUAGGAAACGCAGAAAGGAGCCAGAAGAGCCUGCCAGCCCUGAGAGGGAGAGGGCCCCCAAAAGGUUCCGGUGUUUGGAAAGCGAAGAAGAAGAACAUUAUGAGGAGGAGAGAGUGGGACGUGAGCCUUUGGAAACUCCGGCAGGUGGAGGAGGCACAUCACCCAUUAAGAACCAACCUGUCGUGGAAGCUGAGCCCACUGAGGCUGGCCAGAGUCUGGAGGAUGCAAAGGGACCAGCUGAGAGUUUGGAGUUGCCAAAAGCUAUCCAGGACCAGGUUCCCAGGCUGCAGAAGGUGCUCAAGACCUUCGGGGAGGGGUUGGAGAGGCUGGAGAGUGGCCCCCCAGUUGAACUGCAGCUUCUCCAUGAAUGCAGUCCCAGCCAGAUGGACCUGCUGUGUGCCCGGCUGCAGAUCCCCCAGCUGUCGGACACAGGUCUUCUGCAGCUCUGUACCUGGCUGCAGUCCCUGUCACCAGAUCUUAGCCUCGGCAAUGCUACUGCGCUGGCCAGGAGCCUCUUCCUUGGACGGAUCCUCUCCCUGACUUCCUCAGCCUCCCGCCUGCUCACAACUUCCCUGACUUCCUUCUGUGCCAAGUACACCCACGCCGUCUGCAGGGCCCUGCUGGGCCCCGUUCUCCGGUCCCCAGAAGCAGGUCCAGCUCAAACAGAGUUACUGUGUUGCCUUAUGAAGGACGAGGCCCUGGAGCCAGACAGGCAGCUUCUAAUCCUCGGGGGACCUUUGUACACCCCACUGCUAAGUCCACUGUCAGCUCCUGGUGUCUUGGGUUGUGGCCUUCCCAGCACUGGACAGAUCUUGGAGUUGCCCUGGAAGGAGCAGACUUUCUUGGUGUUGCAGUCACUCCUGGAGCGGCAGGUGGAGACGACCCCCGAGAAGUUCAGUGUGUUGAUGGAAAGGCUCUGCAAAGAGGGGCUGGCAGCCACCACGUCCAUGGCCUAUGCCAAGCUCAUGCUGACGGUGAUGACCAAGUAUCAGGCCAGUAUCACUGAGACCCAGAGGCUGGGCCUGGCUGCGCCCCUAUCGCUCAACACCACUUUCCUGAGAAAGUCCCUGCAGGCCGCGCUGAGACAUCUGGCCCCCUGACCUUCCACCAGGGGACCGCUCUAGAGUUUGCUCACCAACUUCCUGAAGGAUACUUCUGCCCUCAGCCCCUCUGGGGGUAAAGGAUGAGCCUGGCCACCCCAGGCAUCACCUGCCUGCUGUUCCAGGCGGCAGAGAGGCCAUGUUGACCUCCCAAGUGGCAGCAGGUGCCAGGCUAAGGGGGCUCGAUUUCCAAGGGCUGCCAACCCUGGCUCACUCCUUGUCACUUCUACCUCAGAAACUUUCCUGUGAGCCCAGGAGGGUCACAGCAGACCCAGAAUAGACGAGGAUGCUCUGGGGGCCCCGUGUGCUCAGAACAAAACUCUGUGUUCCAGUGUGUGUUAUGAUCCUUUGUACUGUUCAGACUUGAAUAAUGAUUUUUCAGUGGUAUUUAAUAAAAAUCAAGAAAUUCAACGA